AUGGCAAAAAGUCAACAGAUCGAGUUCAACGCGAAACCCGACGCGAAAGCCGAUCGCGCUGCUAUCAUCACGCUACUAGAGGCGGCUGUUCAGCGGAGGAGUCUCGAGGCCCCAUUAACCGAUGAAGAAAUCCGUAGCAGGAUAGCCGAGAAGACAAAGCUAAUGGAAGAGCUCACAAAGCGUGUGGAAGAGAGUGAAGCGAAGAUCACGGAGAAUCAAAAGAGGUUUGAUGAGUUACACAAACUAAUAAGCGAAGGAGAGACUGGGGGGUUUGACACCUACAAGUUUUGA